CUGUAAACCAUUCAGACAACAACUACAAGAAAAAGCUCUUGUUGGCAGCGGAUAUGGCCGGGCGAAGGCGGGGACGGGCGCUGGCGAGCCAACGCGUGCACAUCACCUUUGAUGAUGACAGCGAUGAUGAAGAGAGCACAGCAACAAACCAGCACCAGCACCAGCAGCAGCGACGGGGGUCGGGCCAGACAAAGCCGUCCACGCUGAACACCAAGAUUGACUUUGAAAGCUUCGAUCCCUUUGCCAACAGCAACGGCGGUGGCGGCGACGCUGGUGGAAAGGGCGGAGAGAGCAAGGCGAGCCAGCGCUCAGGGUCUGCUGAUGCCGGGGAGGCAGCGAUUGCGCUUGCUUCGGGCUUGCCGCCACUCACCCCGUUCCAGAAACACGUGCGCAAGAAGUUGGAUGAGUACUUGGAGGAGCACAUCACCUUCGACGAUGAUGUCUGGGACACAGCAGCUGUCAAGGCCAAGGACACGAAGAAACACAAGAAGAACAAGAAGAACAAGAAGCACAAGGCCGCGGAUGACCUCGACGACUGGCAUGCACACACUGGACCCGCACUGCAAGCAUUCCUGUACUCGCCAGCCCUCGUCGCAAGAAUACCACACCACACAGUGACGGACAGGGCCUCAUCGUCCAUAUCAGAGGGCAAACGCAAGGGCGGCAGUGGGGAGCACGCCGGCGACGCCACACGCAGCAGCAAUAAGCAAGAGCACAAGACGAAGAAGGCUAAGAGGGAGGGCAAGAACCGAGGCACAGCAGCUGCAAAGAACAGCAAGAGCAAAGCAGAGGCAGAAGCAGAGGAGAAAGCACGCAUCAUGGAAGCAGCCAUCAGCAUGUCAGACCUCUUUGGCUGACUCAUUUGUGUGUGUGUGUGUCUGUCUGUCUGUCUGUCUGUC